UGCGGUGGUCCAAUCUGAUUUAAGAGCGAGAAUGUAUCGAAUGAGGAAACGUGGAACAUUGAACCGGAUAGAUGAAAAUGUCAUCACCAACUGGUGGAGUUUCCUAUGGACGAUAGUGUCAGGGAUAGAUUUGGAUGGGGCACGUCGAUGGUAAAUUAUGAGACAGAUCUAUCGAUUGAACGGUAGUGUUGUAAGAAAUAUCGCGGUGCGAUAGUCAGAGGAUCCUAACCUUAUUAAAAAUGAAGUCAGGCACCAUGAGCAGACACAGAGGCUCAAUACUUUUAAAACCGGAAGAAAACGAGCAAGUCUUCCAAUUGAUAGGAAAUCGGUGUCAGUGCUUAGCAGCUGGAGUUAUUCAAUUGUAUUUGACUGAAUCACCUUCACAUAAAGAAUGGAUAAAGAAAACUACAGGUAUUAUAACAUUGAUAAGGGAUAAUUCUAGACGUAGUUUUUUCCUUCGUUUAUAUUGCUUACAAAGAAAAGCAAUGUUGUGGGAACAUGAAGUUUAUAAUGAUAUGGACUAUAAAGCACCAUUGUCAUACUUCCAUACAUUUGAAGCGGAAGAUUGUAUGGCUGCUUUUAAUUUUGCAAAUGAAACAGAUGCUAUGACAUUAAGAAAUAUUCUUCUUGGUAAGCUGAAUGACAAACGUAUAAGGAGGCAGCAAAGACGGUCUAAAAUGGAAGGAGAAACUCAGCAUAGUGCAACAAUGCCAUGGAGAAAUCAAAGCAAUACAUCCUCUGUUGCAUUUAAUACAGGGUCAACUUCUAAUUUAUUAAAUGGAACUCCAAAUACACUUGGCGUUAACAGAAGCGCUUCUAGUAGUUCUAUGCACAAAACGAAAAAGAAAAAGCGUGAGAAAACUAAGAAGAAAUUAACGAAAGACGAUAUUGGUCCUCCGUCUAACUUUAGACAUCUUUCGCACAUGGGAUGGAACGCUAAUAGCAAGGAAUUGGAAAUAGAGAAAGUUGAUCCGCACUUAAAAAUUUUCCUUGAUAAAGCCGGUGUGUCAGAAGAUCAGUUCCGAAAACCAGACAUGCGUGAUUUUAUCUACGAUUUCAUCGAUAAAAAUGGUGGAAUGAAUGCCAUUAGAGAAGACAUUUCCUCGACUGGUUCAGAGACUAAUGUACAGCAGUCGCAGCAGCAACAACAACCUCCCGUAGCACCUCAAAGACAGGAAUAUCCUCCUCCAGUUCCUGCACGAACCAUACCUCAUCAGGCGCGAAGUGCCCCGCCGUUACCUCCAAGUCGAUUCAACGCACCGUCAACGCCGCCGAGCGCACCUCCUAAUGCGCCGCCGGUUCAUAGAGCAUUACCAAGUCGGCCGCCGCCACCCUCUGUAACUUCCGCGCCGUCACUGCCGCCACCUCCACCUCCGCCACUUCCUCCACCACCGCCGUCAGGGCCGGCUCCAGUACCACGUUCCAGAAGCGAUUCGACCACACCUGUUCCACCUCCACCACCAUUGCCUAAUCUACAGAACACCGACGACGGAACGGUCAACACGAGUGCAACCAACAAUAAUAACACUAGUACCAACAAUAAUAACGAAGAGCUCGCCGAUCUGAGGUCGACAUUGAUGGAUAGUAUAAGGAGCGGCACUACCCUUAAAAAGGUCGAUAGGUCUGAGAUAAAAAAAGAGAAUCCUCAACCUACGGGCUCGAGAAACGCUUUGUUGGAACAGAUUCGUCAAGGAGUUGAAUUGAGGCCCGUUUCGAACGAGGUAAAGAGUAAAGCGCCAUCAGUAUUUCAAGGAGGAUUGGCUAGUGCUUUGUCGAGAGCUCUUGCUGAGCGAUCAAAUGCAAUCCAUAGUGAAAGUGAUGAUUCGACUAGUGAAACCAGUGAUGACGAUGAAUGGGAAGACUAAUUCAGGUAAAGUAUACAACUCCAAGAGUAAAAUAAUAUAUCACUGUGAUAAAUCUGCUAUCAAUAAACAUAUAGAGACAACAGAUUAGUUACUAUAAAUGUAUAAUGUAACGAUUUUGAAUUUGAUAUCCAAAGAAGAAUGAAAAAAACAUGUAAAUGUUCCGGAAAGGGCGAUCACUUGAAUGUGUUAUAUCGGAAAGUAAGGCACAACUACAUGGAUAGGGCAGAUAAGGGCAAAAUAAAGUCCUAGUAUCAUUUGGAAGAAAUUGUUACAUACAAUUGUCUAAUAGAGAAGAAAGAAAGGUAUACAGAUAUAUAUAUAUAUAAAACGAAUACGAUGUUAUAUAGCACAACAGGUAUAUAAAAAUUGAUCUUUCGUUCUCAAAUAUUUAUUUGUUUAACUGAGAAUCCAAUAUUUGUCAAAUAAAGUGAAUACUAUAGACAAUUAUGCCUAUUCACGCUGUUUCAAUGAAAUAUUAUAAGGAACGUAAUAAUGAAUAAAUGGAAUUAAAUAAGAAGUAGCUUAACUAUAUAUUACAGUUAAUAAUAUUUCAAAUUCUAUGUAAGUUCACGCUAUUACUUUACGAUUUAUCCAACUUCCUUGAUAAAACUUUAGCCCUAGUUUGCCCUGCCCGAUUCGUGUGGCUCCAAGUACGCAUAAUCUUAAGUUAGCGACAAUGUUAGUGCAGGAUGCGCUCUUACAGUGAAACAAAACGUAAAAUUCAUAGAUUUCCAAGUUAAUUGGGAUAGAUCUAUCGAUUCGAGUAGACAAGAAGUAAAAGUACUAAAGACAUUAGUUUUUCUCAAGUUUAAUACUCCGUGAGAUUGCAAUACUUUUCAUGAUCAUACACGAAAGAGACACAUCGAAAUUAUAUUCCUUUGUAGAUACUUUAAUAUCUCACACACAGAUCAGUGUAUCUACGUGUACCUUUUAUUGUACAGACCGACUUGCGAAAUUCUGAAAUUUUACGUAGUGCUAUACAAUUAAUCGUGUCAUCAAGCAUGCUAAGGUCGACUUAUAUUCCUGACGUUUUAGAAAUGAUAUCCUUAUCUAAAUCUAUUGAUAUAUUAAAUGUUCUACGAAGAAGAAUCAUGUCGAUUCUUUCGUUGACUGGCUUGGAAACUCGUCCCAGGUGUAUCGAAAUUACGGCCUUGUAUCUAGUCGGCUACGAUGCUAAAGCAGGCGCCUGAACUGAUGUGAAUUGUGACACCCGAGCGAGUUUUCCAAAUUAUUUAAACAAUUUUUUGAGUGGAUAGUCGAUCAUUUUUUUAAAUAUCUUAAUAUCAACUUUCUACGUUUCUUUUUUUUCUCUUCAUUUGUUAUGUCAGUCGUAAUAUUCGUCGGCCUCCGUUCUAAGAGGAAAUUGCGAGGACUAUGUUUGCGGAGAUCGCAAGCGAAUUAAACGAAUUUUUGAUGAGGUAAUCUUCGCAUUGUUGGACAAUAUUAUUGCAUAAUUUGUUCAUUCGAUCAAACAACAGAAGCGAUGCAUCAAACGAUUCUUAGAUAUAUCCUAUUAAAAGAUAGAAGACGUAUUACGAUUAACGACGUAGUAUGAAUUGUAUAUUUUCACGUGUGUGAUAUAGUAUCUAGCCCGCAAAAGUGAGGCGAAAACCGUAAGAGAGUGAAAGAGAUUAUCCUUUUUGGAAAAUUGUACGAGGCACAAUAUACAUAUAGAGUUUUACGCCACUAAGGAGAAAUCCUAGUCACACCAGAAACAAGAGAAAAAAAGAAUACGUUAAUUAUUAGUUAUUGUAUUUUAUUAUAUUCUAUGCAAUAUUAUGCGAUACAAAAUAAUGUAUUCGAUUGACUAGCUGGGGAUAAAGAAAUGGCAAAAUCGCAGGAUUUUCGAUUAGUGUCGGAGUGUUGAGACACUAUACUAGAGCGUAAUCAAGAGAAGAGGGAGAGAAGUAAUUACGUUAACUAGAAUAGAAAGAAAUUAGUGCGAGACGUUGAAAAUAAAGAAGAGAAAGACUUGUUACGAGUACUAAACUAAUAAGAUUGUAUGCAGAGUGAGAGGAUUAUCUAAAUUCUUCUUAGAAUUGCAUUAUACAGAAGUACUGUUGCAUUUAAGAAAGAGAACGAGAGAGAAAGAGAACUAUUAAAUGGACAUUGGGUAUUUUUAUCCGAUUUCCAGAGGUAAAUUGUUCUUGUAUCGAAUGUAUAUAUAACAGUACAUGUUACAAAUCGUGUUCGAUUUGUAUUGUGUCUACCAAAUAUCAAAAAAAAAAACUAGAAAAUGAAUAUAAAACAAUUAAUUAUAAUUCACUUUUUAACACGCAACUACUUCCUUUAACCGUAUUAUUUUUUUAUAUUAUCUAAAAAGGCUAGACUCGCGUUGUAUAAAGCGCAAAUUUUAUUAACCAACGCGGAACGGAAUGUGUGUUUCUUCUUUGUUACUACGAGAGAUGAUCAGUAAGAGUACUAUACUUCUACGCGAGAUGAUAGGAUUCGUAGUUGUAGGAGAAACUUAUAUCUGUUAUGUGUAAAUAAUUUUAAAAGAAACGUUGAAUAAUACGUUAAAAUAAUGUUUAUAACUAUUUAUUUAACAGUCAGCUUUUAUACGUAAUGGAAAUUAGAUUAAGUAGAUCGGAUAUAUACAUCGGUCUAACUGAAUAUUUUUGCUAUGAGUAUGAUGAGACAAAUAAAAUAUAUACAUGAGCGUGAAAUAUGCAUCUGCAAACAAAAAGUAAAAAAACAGAAGUAUAAGCAUUUCAAAUUUCGAGCUUAUAAUGACAAAUACUUGGCUGUCUUCUUUGUGGAAUUCAACCUCUGUAAGUGUAUUAACAAUCGUACGAGGGAAAACAUAUCAUAGUUUCAGAAUUAUUAAACAUUAUUAACAUUUGAAUUCAUAUUGUGAGAUUAGAAAAUAAUCAAAUAAUAAAUGUAUAACUUCCAAAAGUUUUAGAAGUCGCUCCUUCGUAAAAAUAUAAUUUUGAAAGCUUCGCUAAUUGAAAACCGUUAAUAAUAUGUAAGAGAAUAGACAAAGAAUGGAAGAAAUGAAAACAAAUACCGCUAGGCACAGUAAUUCCAGCAAAUAUUUGCAUGUUACGUCACUUGUUAAAUAAUGUAAUGUUAGCGCGAUCGAUAGUUUUUAGGUGAGAACAGAAGAUCCAGACUUUAAAAGGGACUGACAGUAAAUUAAAUACUUAACUUUUCCUUGAUGUAGAACAAA